CGCCGAGCAUAUGACAAUAUAGCUCUUAUGAACCUCUUUUUUUUUAAUUGAAAACCUACGGUCGUCAAAUCAAAAUUGAUUUUUCGUUCUUUUUACCUUUUCUAUAAACCUCCUGUCGAUACUUCUUUGAAACAAAAUGCCACAUCAAAGAGACGGAAUGUUGGAAAUCCACCAUAAAUCGUUGCAAAGCCCAAUAAAAGUGUGUAGUUUUUGGCUACGUGAUCAUUGUCGAUGUGUUGAUUGCUAUGGUGAAACCUCUCAACGUAAAUUCAAUAUCAAUGACAUUCCAUUGAAUGUUGAACCUACGGAAUUGACGAUUGAAACUGAUACCAUACAUGUAAACUGGUCAGAUUGCCAUGAAUCAAAUUACAACAUACUUGAGCUAAAUGAACAACUAAACUCAAAACCGACAAUCACUGUGGAAAAAUGCUUAUGGUCAGUUGCAGAUAUUAUUGGCAGCAGCUUUGCCAGUGUUUCAUUCAAUGACUAUUUAGUCAAUGAUAAUGUGGCUAAGGAAGUGGUGGCGAGUCUCAUCAAGUUUGGAUUUGCUUUCAUAAAGAAUGUGCCGGCCAAUCUUCAAAGUACAGAGAUAGCAAUUGAACACCUAUUUCCCGUUCAAAAAACUCUGUUUGGAGAGAUGUGGUCAUUUUCGGAUAAAAAAGAACACAAUGACACCGCCUAUACGACCAUUGCUCUGCCAGCCCACAAUGAUAAUACAUACUUCAAUGAUGCAGCCGGUUUGCAAGUGUUACAUUGUGUUCGUCGAGCUGGUGAUGGCGGUGAAAGUCUCUUAGUCGACGGAUUCAAUGUGCUGAAAAAUUUACGAGAACAAAACCAUGAAGCGUAUGAAUAUCUCAGCAAAACUUUUAUUCCGUCCGAGUACAUCGAAGAGGGUUACCAUUUCAAAUAUUGUGCGCCAGCCAUUGUCAUUGAUCCUUUGACGAACGAACCAAAUCAAAUCCGUUUCAACAUGAAUGAUCGGGCACUGUUCAAUAAUAUUCCACAAGAGGAAAUGUUAAAAUUCUACAAGCAUUACAAAGCGCUGGCGACCGAAAUUCAGCGCGACGAAAAUGAGUGGCGUUUCAAAUUAGAACCGGGCACCGUGUGUAUCUUCGAUAACUGGCGAGUGUUACAUGGACGCACUGAAUACGCUGGCCAACGAGAAAUGGUUGGCGGUUAUGUGGCACGCAAUGAAUUUCUCAGCGUCGCCCGACGAUAUGGCUUCAUCCAGUAGUAGUAGUAGUUUGUUUGAUUGCCAUAGAUAUAUACAGAUAUAUACCUAUAGGCCAUGCAUUGUAAAACUGCCAACUAUACAUAUUCACUUUUGCUUAUGCUUUAUUUUGAUUUUAUUCCAUUGUAUUUAUAUAGAAAUAGACACUUCGUUUACAAAUAGGGUGUUUUCCUGAAAUUGAAAAGAGAAAAAUGGUAGUUUUCAAUUAAAAGAGCAUAAAAUUAAGUUUCAAAUUAUGGCAUCAAUGUAAAGAAUCGAUUGAUAUUGACACGUCCCGAAGCAAAAAACUCUUUGCAAAAGCGAAUAAUGCUUACCCAAAAAACACCUACUAAAGUACUCCUGCGCAGUUAACAUCAACCAAAUGGGGAGUCAACUUGCUGCUACGCAACUAUCCCACAUGAUCGGGAUAGCCAUAACUAAUGUUACAUUUGUUUUUUUUUUUAGUUUGCAUUGUGUUGAUUAGAAAGCAUGAUCAGCUGGCUGCUGGUCCUACUCGAACAUCUCUACAUCAUUAUCCACGAUGGUGACAGCAGCAGCGGCUGCUUCAACAGCUUCGCGGGCUUGGCGCCAAUACCUAUUGAUCGCCUCCGGUAUCGGAAGUCCCAGUAAUGUCCAUAGUCCUGAACAAUUGAACAAAUGAACCGUCUUAAAAAAUCAUUCAAUCGAAAUUGUGCGUCAAUUAGUCUUACCUUUCAGUAGAAUGUUCUUAGCAGCCACGACGUCGCAAUGCCAAAUCACAGAGCAUUCAUGGUUUAAUUCCCAGUUUUUAUAGUAACUUUUUACUUUUGGGAAUGAACGCUCGUUUUCUUCCAAUGCUUCUCCGUUCAUGGCGCGUUGCAACUGUCGGAAUAUCGAUAGAUCCGUCUUGCCCAACUUUGACACAAUUUUUGUUGGCAGCAAUGUUUUGGCGUCGGAUAUGCAACGGCAUCUCUUGAAUCUGGCCUCUUUUCUCUGGUUUUCGAAUCGAUUCAUACAUCUUGCGUCUGUUUGAGAUAAUCCCCAUUCGUCCACCAAUUAUAUGAAACAAUUUCGGCGCUUUUUUAUUGACCUCAAAGUCUUACGAACCCCUGGGCAGCGCACGUGCAUUUUGAUACUUAUUGGGCUAUCAGGUGGUAUUUCGCCAUCAGCACCAAACAAAAACACAGUCGGUUGCUUAUCGGUAACCUUAUUCACCCAUUUGUCGACAACACUACUGCUCUUGAUGUGUUUGUCCAAGGCGAGUCGAGUGUAUUUGGCAGUCGAGUAAGCGCAGAUUCCAUGUUUCAUCAUCUUGACUCGGUGCUUUAUGUAGUUCAGCCAGUGUGACCCUUUUGGCGAUGGCAUCACUGGAUACAGCUCACGAUUUUCUCUGUCUGCGCGCUCCAUUUCGACGAACUUUUUGGUCCAUCGCUUUUCUUUGACAUUUCGCACCUUUUGACCUGUUUGCCAGUGGAAUUGCUUGCUCGACAUUACAAAGUUGGUCUGAAAAAAUAAAUAGAAAAAAAGGUAUAGUUAUUGAAUUUUGGCACUUAAGAAGUGUUUUUUUCGAUAUUUUCUAUUAAAAUACAUACAACUUAUUCAAAUGUAUACAAAGCUUACUCCUUUGCCAGUUUCAUUGUUGUGUGUUACUGUGGUAUUCCAACUUCGCGAUUCCAUCGGUGUUUAUGGAAAAGUCAAACUGCUUUUUUCCACGCACGAAUCGUCGAAUUUUUCGCAUGUAAAAAUACUGAUUCCACCAAUAAUCUCUCGAAUGAUUGAAAUCCUGUUGUCGGAUAAUUUUUAUGCUUGUUUCUUCGUUUUUAUUCUCGGUUUCCACUUUCGGUAGCAAUUUUUGCGAAGACAACACCUGGUGCAUAGAUGUACAAUCGAUUCUGAAGUGCGUACGCCGAAAACUGCACAUUAGGUACCACUACUAAAUUUCGGAUGAUUGGCCGAAAAUCUGGGUUGUCGAGCAUUUGUCUGCGCUUGCGUUUCCAUUUUCCUUUUGUCUUUUUUCGCUUUCUUUUCUUCCGUUUGGGUCGGCGCUGAUGUCAUUCGGCCACUCCGAAUUGUACUCUUCUAUCUCGCAUUGCAUAGAUAGGUACAUUGGCAUGGCCUUAAACCAAUGUUGUUUGUCAGUCGUAAGGUCAUGCAAAUCGAUAUCUGGAAACACAUUCAGGUCGUUCACCAUGUCGUACAACAAGCUACACCGUUCGAGUUUGUCUGGAUCGCGAAUUGGCACUUUGAUGUCUUUUUGUUUAAUGAUCAG